AUGAGCCGAUGGAGGUUGGUAUAUGUAGACAUGAUCGUCCCCGGAUAUGUGGAGAAUCCCCAGAUUUUAUUCCCCAUAUUUUUACCUCUUGAACCAUGCGUCUGUCCCCUGCGUGGUACCAGGUAUUUCCUGGUCGGCGUGUUCGCCUCGCUUGGAUCAUUCCUUUACGGAUAUGAUUUGGGUGUUAUUGCCGAAGUGAUUAUUUGUCAAUCGUUUACAUCCAAGUUCGCCCCGGAUGAUACCCAGAAGGGCUUGGUGGUGUCUCUGUUCACAGCCGGAGCAUGUGUCGGUGCUGGAAUGGCUGGUCCUGCUGGUGAUUGGCUAGGUCGACGACGAACGAUUUCGCUGGGAUGUAUAAUCUUCUGUCUGGGAGGUGGUCUGCAGACUGGUGCGCAAAACAUCGCAUACCUUUACAGUGGACGAUUCCUUGCUGGACUGGGUGUCGGUUACCUGACCAUGGUUAUUCCCCUGUACCAAGCCGAGAUCUGUCACCCCAGCAUUCGUGGACGAGUUACAGCCCUGCAGCAAUUCAUGCUGGGAAUUGGAGCGCUGUGCGCGACUUGGAUCGGGUACGGCACAUACACCAGGAUCUCCCCAACCAACCACGCCCAAUGGCAAGUGCCUCUGGGUAUCCAGAUUGCGCCUGCUGUGUUCCUGGGUAUUUUGAUCUCUUUCUUCCCCGAGUCACCGCGUUGGCUCAUUGACAAUGGUCGCUCCGAGGAGGGUUUGCGUACAUUGGCCAAGUUGCACGCCAAUGGCAAUGAAAACGACGCUUGGGUGCAAGCCGAGUAUGCUCAGAUUCAGGAGAGCAUUACCUUCGAGCACGAGCACGAAGCCAAGUCCUAUCUCGACCUGUUCACCCACCGCUCUUCUUUCCGUCGUUUGUUCCUUUGCUGUGCCCUACAGGCCUCUGUCCAAAUGACCGGUGUAUCUGCAAUUCAAUACUACUCACCCGAGAUCUACGGCCAGAUCGGUAUCUCCAGCGAGGAUACCCUGAAGUACCAAGCCAUCAACUCGAUCAUUGCCCUGAUCGCCCAAUUCCUCUGCAUGAUGUUCAUCGAUCGCUUCGGUCGACGCUGGACCCUGAUCACCGGAAAUCUCGGCAACUGCGCCACCUUCAUCGUGGCAACGAUCUUGCUUGCCAGGUUCCCACCCGAAACAAACAACCAAGGCGCUCACUGGGGCUUCAUCAUCAUGACCUGGUUGUACAACUUCUCCUUCUCCGCAACCUGCGGUCCUCUAUCAUGGAUUAUUCCGGCCGAGGUGUUCGACACCAAGACACGUGCAAAGGGUGUUUCGAUCGCGACCAUGCUGUCAUACGCCUUCAACACGAUGAUCGGUCAGGUCACUCCCAUUGCGAUGACGAACAUCGGAUACCGGUACUACUUCGUUUUCGUCAUCUGUAACUUUACCAAUGCGGUCUUCUUUUGGCUGCUACUCCCCGAGACCAAGCAGGUACCUCUGGAAGAGAUGAACCAGAUCUUCACUAACUCGCCAUGGAUCGUGCCUGGAACUCGCACUGAUCAAUUCUUGACCCAUGAUUUGGAGCGCAAGGUCGAGGAGAGGGAAGUCAAGGAGAGCACGAAGCAUUUGGAGUAG